AUGGAUUUGAAAGAAUACGCAAAAAUGUCUUUAAAAAAUCAAAACGAAAAUAAUGAUAAGUCAAGUGAUGGUUACUAUAAAACCCAAUUCAUUGAGAUCACACAAAUAGGCCACUCGUCGUCAUUUGGAAAAAUAUUUGCCGUCAAAAGAGUAGAAUUUGAGGAUUUUAGUGAAGAAGAGAAACAAAAAAUUCUGAAAGAAGUGAAAAUAUUAUCAAAACUGGACUUAAAUUUUGUGGUUAAAUAUCACAACUCAUGGCUUGAGUCCAAUCAUCUCUAUAUUCGGAUGGAGUUCUGUCCGCAAAGUCUUCGAGAUUUUAUUGACAACAAAGUGAUUGUCUUCGAGAGACAACCGGAAGACCACAUGAAUAGUGUUUUUGAAUAUUACAUUUCGUGUGAAAUAUUCAAAGAAAUCUUAAGGAGUGUUCAAUAUCUCCACGAAUGCAAACCUCCUGUCAUUCAUAGGGAUCUAAAACCCGAGAAUAUAUUAAUUUCAGCCAAUAUUAUGUCUAAUCGUUGUGUAAAACUGUGUGACUUUGGUUUGGCUACUGUUCACAACAUCGAUGGUAACACUUCCAGCCGAUACGACCACUCAGUUUGUGGUACUUUAAAAUAUAUCGCACCCGAAGUAUACAGUCGUAAAUAUAACCAUUUGGCAGAUAUGUAUAGCCUCUAUGUAAUCGGUGAACAAUUGUUUAGUAUUGAUUAUCAAGCCUCGACAUCAUUUGAUGCCAAGGAAUCGGUGUUUAGAACAUCCAUGCAGUGUAUGUAUCGGACACUUCUGGCAAUGAUGUCAACACCCAAUUGGAGACAAAGACCUGAGUGUCGAGAAGUGUUGGCCAAACAUAACGAGUGGUCCAUUGAUAAGAGUGUUGUCACUAAUCAUAAGGAAUUCAAUUCA